AUGCCGGCAGGGAUGAAUGCUGCAAUGUCGCUGGUGGGAAGCCAAGGCGUUGUCUCGGCCACCGAGGUCCUCCUCGCAGCUGCCGUCUUCUGCCUGGUCUUCCUGCUCAUCCAGUCCCUCCAGCAGCACGUGCCCAAGGGGCUGAAGAGCCCCCCGGGACCCAGAGGCUACCCCAUCCUCGGCAACGUGCUGGAGCUGAGGAAGGACCCACAUCUGGUCCUGACCAGGUUGAGCCAGAAGUACGGGGACGUGAUGGAGGUGAGGAUCGGCACGCGGCCCGUGCUGGUGCUGAGCGGGCUGGAGACCAUCCGGCAAGCGUUGGUGAAGCAAGGAGAAGACUUCAUGGGGCGCCCUGGCCUCCACAGCUUCCAAUACAUUUCGAAUGGGAAGAGCCUGGCCUUCAGCCCUGACUCCGGGGAGGUGUGGAAAGCCCGCAGAAAGCUGGCCCAGAAUGCCCUGAAGACCUUCUCCAUUGCCCCCAGCCCCACCUCCUCUUCCACCUGCCUCCUGGAGGAGCACGUCUCCAAGGAGGCCAACUACCUGGUCACCAAAUUCCUGCAGCUGAUGGAUGAGGAGAAGAGCUUUGACCCUUACCGGUACGUGGUGGUCUCUGUGGCCAACGUCAUCUGUGCCAUGUGCUUCGGCAAGCGCUACGACCACAACGACCAAGAGCUGCUCGAUAUAGUGAACCUCAGCAAUGAAUUUGGUGAUGCAGCUGCUGCUGGCAACCCCUCUGACUUCAUCCCGGUGCUCCAGUAUCUUCCCAGCCGCACCAUGCAGCUCUUUAAGGACAUCAACACACGUUUCAACCUCUUUGUGCAAAAAAUUGUCCAGGAGCAUUACACCAGCUUUGAUAAGGAGCACAUCCGGGACAUCACAGACUCGUUGAUCGAUCACUGCCAGGAGAACGGCAUAGAGGAGGAUGCCCAUGUCCCACUCUCCAAUGAGAAGAUCAUCACCAUCGUCAAUGACCUCUUUGGGGCAGGCUUUGACACCGUGACAACCGCCUUAUCCUGGAGCCUCAUGUACGCCGCCUUGUACCCCGACACCCAGAAGAAGAUCCAGGAAGAACUGGACCAGACCAUCGGCCGGGAGAGAAGACCGAGGCUGUCGGACCGGGGCACACUGCCCUACACGGAAGCCUUUAUCCUGGAGAUGUUCAGGCACUCCUCCUUCCUGCCCUUCACCAUCCCGCACAGCACGACAAAAGCGACGGUGUUGAACGGCUAUUACAUCCCCAAGGACACCUGCGUGUUUAUCAACCAGUGGCAAGUGAACCACGAUGAGAAGCUUUGGAAAGAUCCCUCAGCCUUCAAGCCCGAGCGGUUCCUCAACGCUGCAGGGACUGAGAUAAGCAGGACGGAGAGCGACAAAGUGUUGACUUUCGGCUUGGGGAAGAGGCGAUGCAUCGGGGAGGCCAUCGGCCGGUGGGAGGUCUUCCUCUUCUUGACCACCAUGCUGCAGCAGUUGGAGUUCAGCCUCUGCCCCGGGGUGGAGGUGGACAUCACUCCUCAGUACGGACUGACAAUGAAAUAUAAGAAAUGCGAGUGCUUCCAGAUUAAGAAGCGUUCCCCGUGA